AUGGUCAAAAAUAAAUCUGAGCCUAUCAUCAUUGUGGGUGCCGGUGCUUUUGGCCUAUCCACGGCAUACCAACUUUGCUUGGCUGGUUAUACGGACAUUUCCGUUUUCGACAAGCACGAGCAAAUACCACCUCGAGACUCUGCUGCCAACGAUAUCAACAAAAUCUUCAGAGCAGAGUAUGAGGACCCCUUCUAUACUAAUCUCACUAUUAGCCAGGAAGCUGCGGCUGCGUGGCAAACACCCCUUUUCGCGCCGUCGUUUCAUCGGACCGGAUUCCUUCACUGUGUCUCAGGGGAAGCUCCUGAGCGAGCUGCUGAGACUCUGCACAGAUUCCAAAAGGCGUCAGAGGACCACCCAGUCCUGUCAAAAUAUGUGGUCCCCAUUAACGGGGGUGACGACAUUCAUCAUAAUUGCUGGCAGUAUGGCGAAGGUCCAUGUUCUAAGUGGAAGGGAUAUCUUAACCGCUUCGACGGCUAUGUACACUCCGGAAACGCGUUGAUUGCUCUUUACAACGCAACUCGAGUACGUGGAGUCAAAUUCUUUCUGGGCCAGCAUGGUGCCGUAAGGGAUGUUGUCUACCAAACCUUUAUGGGACGGGAAGCUACCGGUAUCAGGACUGAAGCUGAUCAGCAUAUACCGGCGAAGCUCGUCAUUGUUGCUGUUGGGGCAGCGGCGGCGAGCUUGGUUCCGGAGUGUAGUAACCAAGUUGUGGCCAAGUCGUGGUCUGUGGCUCAUGUUAAGCUUACCGAUGACGAGACCUCCGCUCUUCGGGGCAUUCCAGUCACUUACGCACGAGAUCUUGGGUUCUACUUCGAACCUGACCCCAAGACCAACUUGCUCAAGCUCUGUCCCAUGGGAGGAGGCUACGUCAAUACAGACCCAAAUUCCGGAAUCUCCCUGCCCCCAACGUACGAGGAAAGCCAGUUCAUGCCGCUUCAUGACCAAGUGAAGGUGCGGCAACUUCUGGCCGAAACUCUCCCAGCCCUCAAAGACCGGCCUUUAAUCAAACAGACCAUUUGUUGGUUUGCGGACACAGCAGACUCAGAUUUCAUCAUCGAUUACGUUCCCCAGUCAAGUAGCUCAGUGCUGUUGAUGUCUGGUGAUUCAGGCCACGCAGCUAAAUUGAUCCCGCUCAUCGGCGCCUGGGUUAAGGACUUGCUUGAGUCACCAGACAACAAGCAGCCUGUGCCGAGAUGGCGGUGGAAGGGGCCCAAGGAGAAUGAGAGUGGGAAGUGGGGUGAUACUGUCAGCUGGCGUUUGGGUAGUACUGUAGAGUUCGCCGAGAUUCGCAACGCAAGGACAUCAAAGUUGUAG